AAAAUAUUUUCUAACCUCAGUUUUUAAAUACAAUAACAAAUAAUGCAACACUUGUUAUCAAUUAUACUAUUAAUCAAUUAAUACAAUAAAAAAAAUGGAUAAAAUAUUGGCACUGCGCGAGGAAUAUUUGUCUUCAGUACCAGAAAAAAAAGAUACGCAAGAAAGAUUUCGUAAUUUUAUAACGCAAUUAGAUCAAAUUAAUCAUAAAAAUUGUGAUCAAUUAGCUAAUCAGAAUAAAAUAGAAGAUGAUUUGAAUGACAAAAAUAAACGGCACAAAGAUAAACUGUCUACUGAAGAGCAAAAAUUAAACAGUCUGCUAAAUGAUUUUGAAAAUCAUAUUGACCAAAUGGAAGAAUCAGAAAAUGAAUUGAAAACUUUAGCAUUUGAAAACUUAAAGGAUGAACUAAAAAAAAAUGAAAUUGAAUCUAUAAAACCUAGUCCUAGAGACAAGCAAAUUUUGGAAUGUAGAAGAAAAAAACUGAAACAUUAUAAAGACUUAACUGGCAUCGCAUGGAAUUAUACGACUAUAGAGAACUGUACUGCUGGAUUCGUUUCAAAUGGCCGCGAUUACAUACAAUCGUUUUGUCUGGACAAAAAUGACAAAAAAACCGAAGUCAAACUUUGGAAAGAAAUUUCAAAGUGUGCUGGCAGUAAUGCGGAGAAAAUAAGUUAUGAUUAAAUAAAUAAAU